UUUUCGGUCGCCGCGGGCUCCCGUAGCCAAGAAAGCCCUGAUUGGCUGCAGCCUGGAAGUGCCGCGGCCUGGGCGCUUUCGGUUUUCGCCGCGAGCGUUGGUGGAAGCCGGGCUGGUGCGGCGCCCGCCGUGCGCGUUCGGGACCAGGCUGCGAGGAGAGUUAAAAUGAGUCUGCGCAAGCAAACCCCUAGUGACUUCUUAAAGCAAAUCAUCGGACGACCAGUUGUGGUAAAAUUAAAUUCUGGAGUGGAUUAUCGAGGGGUCCUGGCUUGCCUGGAUGGCUACAUGAAUAUAGCCCUGGAGCAGACAGAAGAAUACGUCAAUGGGCAGCUGAAGAAUAAGUAUGGGGACGCAUUUAUCCGAGGAAACAAUGUGUUGUACAUAAGUACACAGAAGAGAAGAAUGUGAAGAAACAUGGAAAGCAGUCCUUCCAGAGCAGGAUGUAUAUUUUAUGAAGUUUUU